CAGUUUUGAUUUUAUUGCUGUAGUUUGCUCGCUACUGCUGCAUUCAAGAGGGCACGACCAUCCAGUUACCAACGUCUGAAGCUUUCUGAUAAAGGUCCUCCCCGUCGCCACCGGAGACUACGAUCCAACAGAACCGCUGGAUGGCGCUAAAACACCAGCGCUGCAUCAGGAGCCUCCGCACGCGCUGUGAUGAAACCGGCUGCUCUCUCAUCACUCGGACAGCUCAGAUCCAUUUCUCCAACUGCGAGAAAACGUUGCCAAACACCCAUCUGCAACCAGUAUGUUGAAGGGGGAUUGUAAAAAUCCACUGCAUCCUUGAAUUCAGAAAGUAUGAGUGACGGUCCGGCGUGUUGUCCAGCUGCCGUGGAGCUCUGGCGGAUGGGAAGUUGUGAGUCAGAGGCGGAGGACCAGUAACUUUUAUAGACUUUCAAGUCCACCGCCUCCAAGUAGCCGGCAGCCCCACUUUAGACUCAUUUCUCUCAGGGAUUGUGCAUCUGGAGAGCUUAACAUUAGACCAGUGUUUUAGGUUAUGUGUUGUCCAGGGCGUCUUGUAGCGACAAGGAAAUGCCAUUUGCCUAAAGAAGAGGCUUCCGUUUUUUUGUGGCUGGCAAUGGAGAAUAAAUGAAAGGGACAUUUCCCGGGAUUAACUGAAAGAACAACGGCAGAAUGCAGGAGAGGGACCUACAGAGCAUGUACGGAAGGGCGCUGCUGCUGACCGUCUUUAUGGUGUCUCUCUGGGGACAGCUGACCAGUGCAUCAUCACAUAGAAGCCACAUAGUUCAUGUGAAAGCAGGAACCUGUGAGGUAAUUGCUGCACAUCGAUGCUGCAACAAGAACAAGAUCGAAGAGCGAUCCCAGACUGUCAAAUGCUCCUGCUUCCCUGGACAGGUGGCAGGAACAACAAGAGCAGCUCCAUCUUGUGUAGACGCAUCCAUAGUUGCACAGAAGUGGUGGUGCCAGAUGCAUCCCUGCAUGGAUGGAGAAGAGUGUAAAGUGCUGCCUGAUCUCAAAGGAUGGAGCUGCAGUACAGGAAACAAAGUUAAGACAACUAAGGUCACCCGAUAGUCGUCUGUUUCAAGGAUAACCUCAUUUGAAACCAGACACUGUUUCUUUGAUCAACACCGUUGGACAAUUGGAUGUCGUGUUUUGAGAAUUGGUAGUAACCAGGGACCAAUGAGGACAACAAUCACGGACAUUCCAGUGAAUGAAUGGAGGACCAGGGAGCAUCGUAUAAGACUACAUAUCCAAACAAAUUCCUGACAUUUGAUCUAGUAUCAACAGUAGCUGUCUCUGAACUCUACUGCCCACCAAAUCUCUCUUUGUAUUAUAGUUUUAUUCCUUUGGACUAGAGAUCUCAACAGUGAAGAUAUAUAUUGACUAAAGGACUCUGGAUAACAGAAAAAAAAUCACUCUUGAAACAAAACCAUGUGAUGUGAAACUUUUGUGUUAUUUUCUUGCCACAAAGAGCCCCAGGACUCUUGAUGCAUAUCUGUGUUGAUCUCGUGAGAUCAUAAGCAUUUCCGUUCCUUUUAGCCUUAUGGAGCAGAUAUCUCUUCUGUUUCUUUUUGUUAAUUUAAAGUGUCUUGUCUUUUUUAAGUUUGUUAGGAUGUCAAGUCUUCUUUCUGAAAGACAAAAAGACAAUGCCACAACAAUGAAACCAAGAAAAAAAUGUAAGAUGUUUAGCUACAGCUCACCAAGGGUCAACAUAGCUCAGUUCUGCCAAAAUGUUUUAAUGGUAUCUGUUGUUUUCAAAGCCUGGUGACUACUAUUCAUUACAAAUGUCAGUAUUAUAUCAAUAAAUCUAACUUAAUGGAUAUUGCUGUUUAAAAAAGAAAGUUUGAUUUUUAUUUAUUUAUUUUUUACAGUUUCUGUUAAGGCAUUUUGCAUACCAGGCCAUAGUGCUGUAUAGGCAGGAGCUGUUGGGACUUAAAAUUAGCAGGUCAAGCAAAUAAUCUGACAAAAAAAGCAGGAACAGGGGGAGAGCUCACAGCUAAUCAAGGUUGUGUUCAUGGUGGAUUUGAAAUGUGAAAAUCAGCAAAUGCAAAAGUAGGCCAUGUUCAAAAAUACAAAUGGGUGAAAUCUCAUUGCACUGUUCUUCUUAAAAUUAACAGACUUAAAAAAAGUAUCUGAAAUCUGGUCCAGGGAGAUAAUUAUCUCUUACCCUAAACAACCUUAAUCCUAUUUGGUUCAUUUCCCAAAGUAGAUGUUAGUGUCAUCCUUGGUUUAUUGCAUGAAAUUAAUGCUACCCAUCACAAUCAAAUUAUAGGACUUAUUUACUUGUUUUUUGAGAUCCCAUGAGGCUUUUUCUGUUAUAAAUCCAAAAUCCUUGUUACUAUGUGUAGUAAAAUAAAGCUUCUGAGGGAAUUAGACUGAGGAGUGUACAACAGGAGGUUGGAAGACAAUCAGUAAAAGGCACAGGAUUAUUUAGCCCUAAUGACAUAGCCAUUUGAAUCAGUGGAGUUCAAGAUCAAAUAAAACGUCCGUUCAUCUUGACACAUAUAAUAUAGUUAUUAUAGUUACUGAUGGACGGGAAGCUCUAUCAUGAAAAUUGGUUAGAACUGGGUUUCUUUGAGAACUCAUAAGAAAGUUAGGGAUGCAAUUAUAGUUCACCUGCAUGUGAUGUAUACCUUAGGGACAGGAAA